AUGAUUCCCUUCUUCCAGCGGCGUCGGGGAGAUCCUUGGCAUCGGGUUGGCCUCGCAUCUGCAUUUCCCGACCUCAGUCUUGAUAAGGAUUGCUCCAAAAUCACACCAAGUUGCAAGGCAUUCCGUAUUCCCAAGGCAGAUGGGACUUCAAGUUCUGAUGGCCCAGAAGAAGCCGAUGUCGAGGUCCCUGGAGACCUGAAAGACCAGGUUCUCGUGUUCCAACACAAGGGCAAAUUCCAUGCCGUUGAUCAUUCAUGUCCCCAUUCAUCCUUCCCGCUUUCACAAGCCAGUAUCUUCGACAUUGAGGACUUUGGCAUCACUCUGAGUGCUGGGUUAACCUGUCCGAAGCAUGGGUGGUCCUUUGAUCUGUUUUCAGGACAGGGUGAUCGCGGCAACUACAAGCUCAAGAUUUGGGAAGUGGAAUUACGUGACCCGCCUGCGUCAAGCGAUGAGGCCUCGGAAGGCGGCAAGGAAGUGUGGGUAAGGCGAAAGCAGCGGAUUGGUUAA